UCUUUCGUGAUAUUUUGACUAAUUUUGAUCUUUCAUUCGGUCUGUGUUUGAAAGAAAAUCUAAUUUGGCUACUAAACUAAUGAUAGUGAAUAGAAUAAUUUAUAAUAUCCAGUUUUGUAGAUCUUUCAUUGUAAGUGGCCACUUGAGAGACGUGGUUAAAGCACCUACAUUAUUUGGAAGUGCGCAAAACAUGUCCUCAAAAGCUCUGGAUAGCGUACCUAAAGUGGACAUUGAUCCCGAUGGAGUCUUCAAAUACAUUUUAAUUAAAGUUUAUGAUAAAGAGAAGGACAAUGUUGAACCGUCCACAACAAUUGUAAGGGGCUAUAAGAGGCAUAACUAUCAUUCGGAUAUCUAUGAUGAGGUACAAGAUAAACUCAAGCCUCUAGAUUGUGAGCCUAUUGGUGGUGGCAGAAUUUCCCAUCAGCCAGAUGAUAAGAAGAUUCACAUCUACGGCUACUCACAGGGAUACGGCAAAGCUGACCACGAGGUCACAGCGAGACUAAUCAAGGAUGCAUUCCCUAACUACACAAUUACAAUCAGUGAUGAGGGAUAUUGAAUGAGGAAAUAUUUACCCAAAUUCAGUGGUUUGAAAUCAAAAAACCCUGCAUUUUUUGUAUCUUAGCUAUCUAUAUGAAUAAUACCUACUAAUAUUAUGUAAAGCAUGUGUUUUUAUCGGAUUGUUAAAAACAAUUAAACAUGAUUGACUCAUGUAUAGAA